AUGCUCGUGCUGUUGAUACCCGUUCUGUUGGUGGCUGGUGGUAAGAAUCUCUUUCUCCCUCUCUCUCUCUUUUACCAUCAUCAUCAUCAAACCUUUAUUGGCAUCCCAUACAAACAUUCAGACUAAAUAGGCCAGUGCAAUCUCGUCGCCAUUUCAACAGCACAGUCAUUUGCCAAAGGGAAGAAGAGGCGAGCAAUCUAUUUCAUCUCUGUGGGUCUCCAGCAAGGGCAGGAUCCUGUAGCGUACUUUGGCGACAAAAAAUAAAAUAGAGGAAUUAGCUACUGUCUUGGUGAACUCCUGGUCUCUCCCCUGUAAUAAGAAGCGUAUAACCUCUGUCUCUGGUUUCCAUGUUGGAAUACAUGUUGUUGUUUAGUCGUUUAGUCGUGUCCGACUCUUCGUGACCCCAUGGACCACAGCAUGCCAGGCACUCCUGUCUUCCACUGCCUCCCGCAGUUUGGUCAGACUCACGCUGGUAGCUUCGAGAACACUGUCCAACCAUCUCGUGCUCUGUCGUCCCCUUCUCCUUGUGCCCUCCAUCUUUCCCAACAUCAGGGUCUUUUCCAGGGAGUCUUCCCUUCUUAUGAGGUGGCCAAAGUAUUGGAGCCUCAGCUUCAGGAUGUGUCCUUCCAGUGAGCACUCAGGGCUGAUUUCCUUCAGGAUGGAUAGGUUUGAUCUUCUUGCAGUCCAUGGGACUCUCAAGAGUCUCCUCCAGCACCAUAAUUCAAAAGAAUCAAUUCUUCGGCGAUCAGCCUUCUUUAUGGUCCAGCUCUCACUUCCAUACAUCACCACUGGGAAAACUAUAGCUUUAUCUAUACGAAUCUAUGUAUAUGGAAUACAUAGAUGGUCUAAAAAUUGUUGGCAGAGAUCAUCAUACAUUUUACAUUUAAAGGCCAUGUGAGCUAGAGUUUCUACCAGGUGGGCAUCGCAUGGGCAGAUCCUAUCUCCUUCUGCCAUACCUGCAAACCUAUCCCAAAGGAGGUUAGAAGGAUUAGUAUUGAACCUAGCCAGCGAAAAAGCCCUUCUUUCUUGCGGGUUAAACAAAAAUUGCAAAUAAUUAAGGUUAAAUUCCUGCGCCCAAGAGAGUCGAAAAUAAAGAGGGGAACAUGUUUUUUCCGCAGCUGAGAUUAGUUCCUGGCGAUCUAUGUCCCAUAUUCUAGUUUUUAAUAUGGCCUUGACAAUUGGGAAAGCCACAGCACCCAGGAGAUCCCUGCCCCCCUCUCUGUGUGUGUGUGUGUGUGUGUGUGUGUGUGUGUGUGUGUUUGUGUGUCUCUGUCUAACAUAAACCAAUAAGAAGAGCCAGUGCUUUUUUUUUCUUAAAAAAAAUGUUUAGGGGUACUCUCAUUUUCCUACUCAUAUUGAAAUACUGCCCCCCCAAUGAGGCCAAACUUAGAUUCACCAAAUGUUUAGGGGUAUGCAACCCCCCGGCGUCCCCCCAGAAAAAAAGAGCUAUGCUGGAUCCGGCCAGCAGCCCAUCCAGUCCAGCAUCGUAUUCUCACAGUGGCCAACCAGAUGCCACUAUUUUGCAAACCCGCAAGUAGGAUUCGACCACAAGAGCCACUCUCCCCUCCAGCAGUUUCCAGCAACCGGGAUUCUGCCUCUGUGACAGCAGAGCACGAAUUUGUCUUAUAAAGCCACAAAUUUGCCUUGCAAAGCCAUCCAAGUUAGCGACCAUCGCUGCCUCCUGUGGCAGGGAGUUCCAUAGGUUAGCUACGUGCUGUGCAAAGGACUUUCUUUUCUCUCUCCUGAAUCGUCCAACAUUCAGCAACAAAGCAACAUGCAUCGAAGCAACUUCUUGCCGUCGGUCUUAAUCUCUCUCUUCCUCUCAUCCUGCUCAUGCAAUGUGCGAGAGUGAACCGUUCGCCCCACCCUGCCUCUAAUCGUGCAAGAGGGACUCCUUUUCUCUCCAGCACUUCCCAACCAAAACAGGGACAGCCUUUGCAGCAUCCUGUUUUCAAAACACGGAGGCCCAUAACUGCCCCACCCAUGACUCCACUUAGCCAUGACUUAGCCCAAGAUACUUGGCCGCUUGAUGCAAAGGACAAGAUGCCCUAGGCUACCUUCCUGCCAGCUGGCUGGACCGGCAGCCUAGAAUCACAGAGUCCUAGAAUUGUAGAAUGGGAAGGGACCCUGUGGGUCAUCUAGUCCAACCCCCUGCAAUGCAGGAAUACGCUUCUGUCCAAUAUGGGAAUCGAACCUGAAACCUUGACAAAGACCGGAAUCCUUUCAUUUAGACAUCCUUGAUGCAGAUAUUCUGAAGGAACUGAGAAAGGUAUUCAUGUAUGCAACUACUGCCGCGAGAAUGUUAACAGCUAAAUGGUGAAAAGGAGAUAAAAUACCAACUAAAAGGGAGUGGCAGGUUAAAUUAUUUGAAUAUAGUGGUACUUCAGGUUACAGACACUUCGGGUUACAGACUCCGCAAAACCAGAAAUAGUACCUCAGGUUAAGAACUUUGUUUCAGGAUGAGAACAGAAAUCGUGUGGCAGCGGUGUGGCGGCAGCGGGAGGCCCCAUUAGCUAAGGUGGUCCCUCAGGUUAAGAACAGUUUCAGGUUAAGAACAGACCUCCAGAACGAAUUAAGUCCUGAUACGGAAGGGGGGGGGCAUGUCUUCUUCUUCACCUUCUUCGCUACAAUAUAUCCAUUUAUUUCCAAUUGCCAAUGUCAAAAGGGACUAAAAUCUAUAAAAUUCAUAGAAAAUCAACUUGCCAAUUUGCUCAAUUUCUCUAGGACUCCAUGACACCUCCCCUGCCCUCCAUAAUCCCUCAAGCAAGGUGUCAAGACCCUAAUCCUGUCAAAUCGCUCUGCCAAGCCCUUCCUCUGAGCGAUGCCAGGUGACAGACUAUGCAUACAUGGACCAUUGUCUUCUCAGGAUGUGCUUAUCUGCGCAUAUCUCCAGCUCUGCAUAUUCCCCCCUCCCUCCUCCAUAUGUUAAUCCGGUGUAACCCAACCUCUUCCUAAUGUAUUCGUGAUGUAAUCUGUGUAACCCAACCUCUUCUUAAUGUAUUCAUGAUGUAACUGGGAUGUAUUUUGCACUGUAUUCUGGGACAUGGAGGGAAAUUUCAAAAGUUCAUGUCACCCCUUUCUCGCUGUUCAAUCUCGUCUUGAACCUGUUGCGCAAUAAACUCUGAUCUCCUGGAACUUGCUCCUGUCUCCGGCUGAGCUCAUUUUCUUCCGCAGGGACCCGCGGACUUAGUCCGACGAGCUGGGUGGCAGAGUAACCCCGCACCCAGAUUUUACCGUAACAGUCCUUAACCUGAGGUACCACUGUAUGUAGAAUUGGCAAAGAUGACAGGAAAAAUUAGGAACCAGACAAACCAAAAGUUUAAGAAAAAAUGGGGUUUAUUCAGACCAUAUUUAAAAGAACAUUGUUCUCAUAUGAAAUCACUGACGUGCGUGGAUUAACUUCUGCAAUGCUAUAUGCUACAAAGAUUAUCGAUAAUUUAUGAUAAGUUAAAGAAUAUACAAAUAUGCAGUCAACAAGGAAACAAAGGACCCAUACGGAGGAUGACGGAAGUCUCAACAUAUGGAACAAUUUUAUUUUACAUGUAACAUUUUCUUUGUAAUUGAUGGGAUCUGGGUUUUUUCCCUUUUGUUCUUUUUGUGGUGAAGGGACCUAAUAUUUAAAAAUAAAAUCAGGAAAGAUUAAAUUGCUAAAAAAAGGAAGAAACCUUGGUGUUAUCAGCACCAUGCUCCAACUGAAUGAGUUAUCAAGGCGAAUAUUACUUCGACAUCGGCAAUGGGAUAAUUAUUCAGGGCAAGAAGUAGGGUAGCUUAGAGACUUGAGAGGAACCACCUAGGGGCAAGUCCUCUGGCAAAGAGGCGGACUUUGAUAAUCUUUCGUUAAAAUGGCGCCCUGUGCGAAGCCAAAAUUUGGCACCCCCAAACGGAUCUUCUCAAUUUUGCACCCCCUCAGCUCAGUGUCAUGUGCAGCACCGUUCUAAAACCGGCGUUGGUCUCAGGGGCUUGCCACCCAGAAUCUGCCACCUGGCUAGUGGUAGGGCCGGCCAGAGAGCAUGCCUGAUGCCUGGACUCCAUCUGCUGUGGCGCUGUCUCCUGAAUCAGACCUCCAUCAGAGGGAGGCUUGAAAAUGAGGAAAGCUUCAGAGCAAGUGGGGUUGUUUUUGUGCCUGUUAGUAAUUGCUUGUAUAUUAUUAGCUGUGACGGCUGCAUUGCCGGGGGUCAUAGCUGUCAACUUACAGAUUUGAAAAUAAGGGACCAGCAGCCUCAAAAAUAAGCGAUCAGCAGCCAAAAUAAGGGAUUUUCCAAGCACAGGUAUGUUCAACUUCUGAGCCCCUCCGAGCCAAAGGCAGAAAGCCCAGCCAGCAGCCAAAUGAAGCCUCAAGCGGUGGUUCCCACAGCACAGCAACCCGGCAAAGGGGAUGCAGCAAGGAAAACCACCGUCACCUCUCCGCUGGGAAGCGCUGAGCAAAGGCGAGACCCCAGGCAACAUGGCCGAUUUGAUCAGCACAAGGCAUGCAAGCUCCACCCCCCAGUCGUUCUUAAGACUCCUUAUUGGGUGAGCAACGCAGCCAAGCAACACAGUUGGAGCCUCCCUCCUCCCUGGCCGGCAGGGAGGGAAGGAGAAGAGCUGCUUCCUUUGAAACCCGGGAAAUUUAAGGGACAUCAUCAAUAAGGGACAGCAGCGGGACACGGCACUGGGAUAAGGGGCUUUCCCGCCAAAUAAGGGACGGUUGACAGCUAUGCAGGGGGUUGGACAAGAUGACACUUGGAGUCCCUUCCAGUCCUACAAGUCUAUGAUUUCCUUCCUUCCUUCCUUCCUUCCUUCCUUCCUUCCUGUGGUGGUCAUGUGGGAUUGCUAUGAGGAAUUAUGAAAAAUGAAGCAAGCCAUUGUGUCAGCGGUGAAAGCAUUGCUUUGACUGGGCUUGAGUCAUUGACGUGAUUUCUGAUUCAGUCCCACAAGCCUCUGCAUCUCUGCCCCAUUUUCUCUAUGCCUGGCAGUCACGUAUAAGCAUUCUACACAGACCAGUUGCUUCACCAGGCAUCCUGGGUACAUAAAGAUAGGUAGCUUUGCUGUAGCUUUUGUUAAUCUUUAGGGCCAGGAAACAGAGUUCACAUGGAGGUGGUAAAAUGCCUGUCUUUCUUUUAUGACCUCCGGAGUUUGCUAAAGGCAUUCCUCCUUGGUUCCUGUUUUAUUUAGCCUAAAUGCAUGCUCAAAUAGGAAAUAGUUCUUUGCAGUUAAGAGACUUCCUCUGAUCUGACUUUGUCCCCACGUGGGGUUUUUUGAAAUGCUCAGAGGAAAUCUGAUUGGUUCUUACAAAUGCUGUGUAAAAGUUCUUUUGUUAAUAAAAAUGGCCUGGGCCAGGGGGUGACAAGCGCACUUUCUCCCAGAGGUCUUGCUGGUCUAUUGUAUUAAUCAGGGUCCAGUCCUUCCUUUACCUUCAGAACGCAACACUUCCUUUCUCCCACAACUCACAGCCACCACUGACUUCUCCCCACAGCCUCCAGUUGUGGAACACCUAUCUACACCCCCAAUGCCAGGGUGGUGAAUGGUGAAGACGCCAUCCCUUACAGCUGGCCUUGGCAGGUAAGGAAGCUGCUUCUCCUUCUAUUAUCUUGUGCCACAUUUAGAUCCGUUUUUUAAAAUAAAAAAACAGCAACAACAACAUCAACAGCACAACUUAUAUACCACUUAAUUAGAGGAAUAUCUCCAAACCUUUUGCAUCCAAUGGCAUAAAAUACUCACUGGCUCCUAUCCAAUGCUCAUCCUUCUCAGAGUAUACCCAUUGGAAGUAAUAGCCAUAAGGACAUAAGCAAAGCCUGCUGGGUCAAGGCCAAGGCUGAUUCUCCAAGGGACAAUUUUCCAGGGACAGUUCUGGAUUUACAGAAGCCGUCCCGGUUUCUGAUUUGAUCCCAGGAUGUCCGGCUUUCCCUUAGGACAUCUCCAAUUUCAUUGGAGAAAUGUUGGGGGGGUAUGCAAAGGGCCCCUCAUCUAGUCCAGCGCUCUGUUCCCACAGCAGCCAACCAGAUGCCUGUUCUAGGAAGCCCACAAGCGGGAAGUUAGUGCAACAGGGACUCUCUUCAAUAAGAGCUCAGUUGGGAUACAGCCCAAAUUUAGAGAUGUUAUAAGAAUUCUAAGGUCCCAAAUAUAUAUAUAUAUAUAUAUAUAUAUAUAUAAAAAAUUCAUAAAUGUACAAGGCAAACAGAUACAUAAGUACCGUAUUUUUCGCUCUAUAAGACGCGCCAGACCACAAGACGCACCUAGUUUUUGGAGGAGGAAAACAAGAAAAAAAAUAUUCUGAAUCUCAGAAGCCAGAACAGCAAGAGGGAUCGCUGCGCAGUGAAAGCAGCAACCCCUCUUGCUGUUCUGGCUUCUGUGAUAGCUGCGCAGCCUGCAUUCGCUCCAUAAGACGCACACACGUUUCCCCUUAUUUUUUGGAGGGAAAAACUGAGUCUUAGAGAGCAAAAAAUUCGGUAUAUAAGCCACAUGUCUGAAAUAGUACAGGAGAGCAAUCCUGAAGCCAUUUUGACUCUCCCAAAUUGACCUCAAUAUAUUUCUCUGCAAGGAGGGAGGAAAUGGGAAAAGCCUUCCCAUUGUCUUUUUACUUGCAAAUCCUGUCUUAAGGGCGUAUUUGUGUAUGAAUAGGGUGAGCCUGUGACCUGGAGUCAGGAACUAAAAGUAUUAACCAUCACAAAAAAAUGGCCAGGCUGCCCAGGUAUUGCAAUCAGUGACCAUUAUCGGGUACCCUGGCAGACAGGAUAUCUGCUGUAGAUCGCCUCCUUCUGUGAUGUAUGUAUGAUGUUUUAGGGGGUGGGUCUUGAGUGACAGGGUGGGCAAUUUCAAAAGUCUAUAUAGGGGCUUGCACACCAUUGCUCAGGGUCCCUUCUGCAUCCUGCGUGUGGUGAGUGAGGACCCUGUUGCAACAGUUAAUAAAGAUCAGGCUUACUAGACGCUUUGCUUCUCAAUACAGUGGUACCUCGGGUUACAUACGCUUCAGGUUACAUACGCUUCAGGUUAGAGACUCCGCUAACCCAGAAAUAGUGCUCCAGGUUAAGAACUUUGCUUCAGGACAAGAACAGAAAUCGUGCUCCGGCAGUGCGGCAGCAGCAGGAGGCCCCAUUAGCUAAAGUGGUGCUUCAGGUUAAGAACAGUUUCAGGUUAAGAACGGACCUCCGGAACGAAUUAAGUACUUAACCUGAGGUACCACUGUAUUCUCUUGUCGGCCCUUUUCUGAUAGGGAACCCACUUAAGGACUCUAUACGGGCUCUUGGAUACCCUGUAAGUGAAAAGGAAAAGUUUUUUCUUAUAGCAGUAACAAAGGUCGCCCCCUCCCCGCAUCCUGAUCUCUGUCACUGUAUAUUCUGACUCCCUUCACAGAUCUGUGUCUAGGAUGGUGUCUUAAUCCCUUCCCCGCUGCCUCUCUUGCCUCCCCACAGAUCUCCCUCCAGUACGAGAAGGAUGGCGAAUUCCGUCACACCUGCGGGGGCACCCUCAUCGCCCCCAACUGGGUCAUGACUGCUGCCCACUGCAUCUCGUAAGCUAUCUUGGAGGUGGUAAGGGGUGGGCACGGUGUGUGUGUGUGUGUGUGUGUGUGUGUGAGAGAGAGAGAGAGAGAGAGAGAGAGAGAGAGAGAGAGAGAGUUUACAGGCAGAAGGAGCUGGUUGCCUUACAGACAGGUGAACCGGUCCAUUUCGUAUUCUAUCAGUUUCCAUCAGGGAUGCAGGUGACAUGGGAUGGUCAUGCCUCGUGAUGCCUUGGUCAGACCCCACCUGAAGUCCUGUGUCCAGUUCUGGGUGCACCACAGUUUAGGGAGGGCAUGGAGAAGCUGCAAGGUGUGCAGGGAAGAGCGACCAGGGUGAUGGAGGGUAUGGGGGAAAACAACAACAACAACAACAACAACAACAACAACUUAAUUUAUACUCCACCCAUCUAGCUGGGCUUCCCCAGCCACUCUGGGCAGCUUCCAACAAAAUAUUAAAAUACAAUAAUGCAUCAAACUUUAAAAGCUUCCCUAAACAGGGCUGCCUUCAGAUGUCUUCUAAAAAUCUGGUAGUUGUUCUCUUUGACAUCUGGUGGGAGGGCGUUCCACAGGGCGGGUGCCACUACCAAGAAGGCCCUCUGCUUGGUUCCCUGUAACUUGGCUUCUCACAGCGAGGAACCACCAGAAGGCCCUUGGUGCUGGACCUCAGCGUCUGGGUAGAACAAAGGGUCUGGAGUUGGGUACGUUUAGACUGGAUAAGAGGAGACUGAGAACCACUUUCAAAUAUCUGAAGGGUUGCCAUGUGGAAAACAGAGCAAGCUUGUGUCUUGCUGCUCUGGAGGAUAGGACCCGAACCAAUGGAUUCAGAUUGCAAGAAAGGAAUUUCCGACUAAAUCUUAGGAAGACCUUUCUGAUGAAGAAAGCUGUUUGACAGUAGAACGGUCUCCCUCAAGAGGUGGUGGACUCUCCUUCAAGAGCUGCAAGCUUUUGGACAGAGUUUGGAUGGCCGUCUGCUAGAUAUGUUUCCUGCAUUGCGGAGAUGGUGGUGUUUGGACCAGAUGACUCUACAAAUCUAUGAGUCUAUGAUGGCCUCUUCUCUGUUUCUCCUACACUCUCACAGCAAAUCUCGGACAUAUCAAGUUGUGGUAGGUGAAUAUGACAUGGAUGCAGAAGAAGGAACUGAGCAGCGCAUUCCUGUGAACUCGAAUGACAUCUUUGUGCACCCCAAAUGGAUCUCUAUUUGUGCCGCCUGUGGGUAAGUGAGUUGUGGCUAAUAAUAAUAAUAAUAAUAAUAAUAAUAAUUUUUAAAUUAUUUAUACCCCGCCCAUCUGGCUGGGCUUCCCUAGCCACUCUGGGCGGCUCCCAACAGAACACCAAAAACAGAAUAAAACUUCAAACAUUAAAAACUGGCUCCAUCUUGGGGGCAGGGGCGGUCCAGUCCAUUCCUCUUUACCCAGGCCUAUGGCUUUAAAUAAUCUAUGGCCUGAGAAACUGGGAUGGAGAGGACUGUUAUUAUGAUGUCUAUUUUAUUAUCUGUCUGUAUGCUUUUUAUUAUGGCUUUGUUAUGUUUUUAUCACUGGUUUUCUGCAAUGUGUUUUUAAUGUUGUACAGUGGUACCUCGGGUUAAGCACUUAAUUCAUUCUGGAGGUCCGUUCUUAACCUGAAACUGUUCAUAACCUGAGGAACCACUUUAGCUAAUGGGGCCUCCCGGUGCCGCCGGACGAUUUCUGUUCUCAUCCUGAAGCAAAGUUCUUAACCAGAGGUACUAUUUCUGGGUUAGCAGAGUCUGUAACCUGAAGCGUAUGUAACCUGAAGUGUCUGUAACCCGAGGUACCACUGUACACCGCCCUGGGAUCUUCUGAUAAACGAUGCUAUAUAAAUUGAAUUAAUAAUGAUGGUGGUGAUUGUUUUGUUAAGCUGUUUAGAAAAAAAAUCUGCUAAUUCCCCCCCCCCCCAAACGGUGUAUAAAUUUUAUGAAAUAAAUAAAUAAACCCAUCUCUAGUCCGGCACCAGCAUUCUGGGCCAGCUGAAGCUUCAGGGCCUUGCCCCUUGGGACUGGUGGGUUGGAAGUCAGGGAGCUGACCAGCAGAUGGCGCCAGAGUCAAUGACAGGCAGAGCCAACUCAGUUAUAUUUUCUCUCCAUCCUCCUCCUCCUCCUUCUCCUCCUUUCGGAGUAUACAAUGGUACCUUGGUUCCCAAACGCCUUGGUACUCAAAUGUCUUGGUUCUCAAACGCUUUGGUUCCCAAAUGCUGAAAACCCAGAAGUAAGUGUUCCGGUUUUCAAACAUUUUUCGGAAGCCGAACGUCCGAUGUAGCUGUCAGCUAUUGUUUCCGGGGGGCCUGCACCAAACAGCAGCUGUGCCUUGGUUUUGAACAUUUCGGAAGUCAAAUGGACUUUUGGAAUGGAUUAAGUUUGGCGCUUUUGUUUUUGCUGUUUAUUUUGCAUUUUUGUUUUUGAGGCUUUUUCGGUUCAUUUGUUUUUGUGACUGUGUGGAACCCAGUUCAGCUAGUCAUUGAUUGAUUGAUUGAUUGAUUGAUUGUGUGACUGUGGAAAUGGAUAAAAGCCCCCAUCCAAACAAUGACUAUCAUCAGUGCAGGUAAGAAAAAACAUUAAUUUUAAUUUUCACCAUCCACAAUACUGUCUUAUUUAUUUUAUAGUACAGUACAUUGAUUAUUAGAGGGAAGCGGGUGGCGCUGUUAGUUAAACCAUAGAGCCUAGGGCUUGCUGAUCAGAAGGUUGGUGGUUCGAAUCCCUGUGACGGGGUGAGCUCCCGUUGCUCGGUCCCUGCUCCUGCCAACCUAGCAGUUCAAAGCAUGUCAAGUACAAGUAGAUAAAUAGGUACCGCUCCGGCGGGAAGGUAAAUGGCAUUUCCGUGCACUGCUCUGGUUUGCCAGAAGUGGCUUAGUCAUGCUGGCCACAUGACCCGGAAGCUGUAUGCCAGCUCCCUUGGCCAAUAAAGCGAGAUGAGCGUGUAACCCCAGAGUCGGCCAUGACUGGACCUAAUGGUCAGGAGUCCCUUUACCUUUACCUUACAUUGAUUACUGCUGUCAUUUUAUGUAUGAAUGGUCUCGUUAGAUAGUAAAAUUCAUGUUAAAUGGCUGUUUUAGGGGUUGUUUUUAAAAGUCUGGAACGGAUUAACCUGUUUUGCAUUCCUUUCUAUGGGAAAGCGUGCCUUGGUUUUGGAACGCUUUGGUUUUGGAACGGACUUCCGGAACGGAUUAACUUUGAGAACCAAGGUACCACUGUACCAAGGAGGAGGAAGAGAGGCAGGCCUAUUCCUUGACCCAGAUGUCAGAAGGCAGAUCAGUGGGUUUGGGGGAACUGAAGCUGGUGGGGCAGAACCACAUUUGGCCCUAUGGAUUGGCCUGGGCUGCCCCACCCAGAGAGCACCCUCUUGACUCUCUCUCUCCUGCUUGCCUCCGUCCAGCAACGACAUCGCCCUGAUGAAGCUGUCCCGCGCCGCGGAGCUGAGCAACACGGUGCAGCUGGGGUGCCUCCCCCCCGCAGGGGAAGUGUUGCCCAAUGAUUACCCCUGUUACAUCAGCGGCUGGGGACGGCUGUACAGUAAGUGGUUCCGCCCUUAUCUGAAGGGGGCCUGGAGAGGGAGGGUUUUAAAACAGAGGCUAGUGGUUUUUUAAAAAAACGGAGGUUGGGUGGCCAUCUGACGGGGAUUCUUGAGCUGCGAUUUCUGCAUCGCAAGAGGGUUAGAAUAGAUGACCUUUGGGGGUCCUUCCCAACAAUUCUACGGUGCACGCAUAUAAACAAGCUUUGUGUCCUUGGGGAGGCCAGUGGCGCUCCUGUCUGUGGAAUGGGAUUUUGGUUUAGGGGACGGGCUCAAGGGCAAAACACCUGCUUUUCUUUCUUUCUUUCUUUCUUUCUUUCUUUCUUUCUUUCUUUCUUUCUUUCUUUCUCCCUUUCGUAAUACAGUGGUGCCUCGCAAGACGAAAAGAAUCCGUUCUGUGAGUCUCUUCGUCUAGCGGUUUUUUCGUCUUGCGAAGCAAGCCCAUUGACGGAUUAGCGGAUUAGCGCUAUUAGCACUAUUAGCGGCUUUUAGCGGCUUUUAGCGGCUUUUAGAGGCUUAUCAGUUUAUCGGAUAAGCAGAUAAGCGGCUUAACGGCUUAGAAAAAGGGGGGGGAAAGGGGAAAAAACCCGCAGGAACUCGCAAGACAUUUUCGUCUUGCGAAGCAAGCCCAUAGGAGCUUCGUUUUGCGAAGCACCUCCAAAACGGAAAACUCUUUCGUCUAGCGAAUUUUCCGUCUUGCGAGGCAUUCGUCUUGCGGGGCACCACUGUAGUGGACUUUUAUUAUUAUUUUUUAUAACAAUUUAUUAAUUUUUCAAAAAUAACAGAAGAAUAAAAUAAAACAACAAUGUUUAGGGUACUCAAGAAAAUCACCAUUUUAUAGUUCAAAUCGGGGGGAAAUACAGUAAAUGGACAAAGGUAAAAGAUUCACAAAAUGUUGAGGGGUAUGCGUAUCCCCAGGAAAAAAAGCACUGAGCAUACAUAUCCAUGUUUGUUAACUAAUGUGGUUAAACAAUUUAAAAAAAAAAAAAAAACUUAGACUGAGUUUUAGCACACAUGAAAAGCUUAAAACAAAUCCUUAUUUCCUGAUGAACAGCCUUUGGACUAUAAUAUAACUUAAACAGAAAACUAUCUUUAGAAAGAUCUCUCCUCAAAAAGCGUUUUAUUUCAAAAAUCCAAUUUAAAUUAAAAUUAAAUUUAAAAAAUCCAGUUUAAUAUUUUUUUAAAAAUCCAAUGUAUUUUAUUAAUUUUUUUAAAAAAACACCAUUGAUUUUUAUCCACCCUGACCCUUGACCCUUGACCAACUGCACCUUCCUUCGCAGCGAACGGCCCCCUUCCAUCCAAACUCCAGCAGGCCAUUCUUCCCGUGGUGGACAAUCAACACUGCAACCAGAAGGACUGGUGGGGAGGCGUCAUCCGGCAAAACAUGAUCUGCGCAGGAGGGGACAUCCGUGCCGGCUGCAAUGUAAGUCCGGGGGGGAAAUGGGAGUUUGGCCCUUGGAAGACGGAGGAACAAGAGUCUUGGAGGAGAUGCUUUCAGGGCUAGCCGAUGUGCUGUGGCAUCCAGCCCUCCAGAUGUGGCCGUCGAGAGCCGGUGUGGCAUAGCGGUUAGAGCAUCGGACUGAGACCCGGGUUCAAAUCCUACCCCCUCCAUCUAGCCAGGUAGCUCUCAAUGGGUGUGUUAAGUUGUGGGUGAACAUAUCAGAUGACGCAGCGAUUCUUCAGACAGCUCUUGUUUAUUCACAGGCCAGAACAGAACUGAACUGAAGGGUUCAGCCAGCCUGCUUAUACAGAGCUCAACUACAAAGCAACAGUAACAACUUUCUGUAACUAUCCAAUCACUGAACGUCACUUUCAAUUCCUUAUUUGCAUAUGCAGACCUGAGUGAAAACUAUCUACAGUAUCCCCUGCUGGCCCAGGGUGAAAACUUCAGUACAUAACAGGGUGACCUUGAGGGGCAGUCACUCACUCUCAGCCUCACGGGGCGAUUGUCGAGAGAACAAGACAGGGAGGAAGAGGAGUAGCUAAACUGCAGCUAGGAAGCCAAGCUCGUGAGCAAUACUCUGGUCUUGAGGUUAAUACCAUGUCCAAACACUUGUCAAAAUAUUCACAAGCUUUCACUUAAAAAAACAAAUGGUAAAGUUUGUUAAGGAGUGCCAAGUGUUGCUAGAAUAAUCCCACCCCACCCCAUUCCCAAAGAAGUUUAACAAUCAAUCAUUCUUCCCGGGAAACUCUGGGAACUGUAUCUUAGGGAGAGGACUACAGUGGUACCUUGGUUCUGAAACUUAAUCCGUUCUGGAAGUCUGUUCCAAAACCAAAGCGUUUCAAAACCAAGGUGCGCUUUCACAUAGAAAUUAUGCAAAAUGGAUUAAUCCGUUCCAGACUUUUUAAAACAGCCAUUUAACAUGAAUUUUGCUAUCUAACGAGACCAUUGAUCCAUAAAAUGAAAGCAAUAAUCAAUGUCUUGUACUAUAAAAUCGAUCAAUCAGUAGCUGAACUGGGUUCCACACAGCCACAAAAACAAAUGAACCGAAAAAGCCUCAAAAACACAAAGUAAAAAGCAAAAACAAAAGCACCAAACUUAAUCAUUUCCGAAAGUCUGUUUGACUUCUGAAAUGUUCAAAACCAAGGCACGGCUUCCGAUUGGUGUGGGCACCCGGAAACAAUAGCCAACAGCCGCAUUGGACGUUCGGUUUCCAAAACACGUUUGAAAACCGGAACACUUUCUUCUGGGUUUUUGGCAUUUGGGAACCAAAGCGUUUGAGAACCAAGGUACCACCGUAUAAGGUCAGUGACCUUAACAAACUACAGUUCCCAGGAUUCUUUGCCGGAAGCCCUGGCUGUUCAAAGUGGUAUCUAGAACUUUAAAUGUACGGUGCAAAAGUGGCUUACAAAUGCUGGCCUCCUUUUAUUUCCCUUAGGAUGAAGGGCAAUGCAAUGUACUUACUUGUUAGUUUGUUAGUUUGCUUGCUGAAUUUAUAGUCCAGCUUUCCUCCUGGGAGCUUAAGGCAGCAACCACAUUUCUGGCAAGUACCGUAUUGGCCUGAAUAUAAGCCGCACCCGAAUAUAAGCCGCACCUUUAAAAUUCAAGUGGGGAAAAAGAAAAAAGGCAAUACCCGAAUAUAAGCCGCUCCCUUAAAAUUCCGCAGGCACCCGUAAAUGGCAAAUGUAGAAGAAAAUCCUACAGCUGCUAGAGAGGACCCACAAGUGGGUUAAACACCUGUUUGUAGCACCGUAAAUGCAACAAACAAACAAACAAACAAAACAAUACUUCACUGUAAAAUACAGUGAAAGUGAUGGACGACAUUAGAAUUAAUUGCACAACAGCCUCAAGCUCCCAAUAAAAAUUUUUUUGUUGGUUUUUGCCGUAAAUAUGCUUCAGCAGCGAUAUCGUAAAGGCAAAUUUUUACAAGGUCACGAAUUUAAGCCGCACUUUAACUUUUCACGGUCGGAAUUUGGGUUGGGGGAAGUGUGACUUAUAUUCGCCAUACGGUAUAGUGGGUAAGUAUGUAUACUCCAUAAGAGCAAUGUUGUUUUCUGAGCGGGGAGUCUGAUUUAGCGAAAAUGGCAUUGCCUCUGCAAAACCUGGGGGAGCCGCAAGUUUCAAAGAAGCGCAAAGUAUUUGGGGGUGAGACUUCGGUUCAGGGUAGUAGCUGGGGGGGGCCCCAUCCUAAGCAGAAUCUCCCCCUUCAGCGCUUUCACCGUACAGCUUAUUUCCAAUUGCAGAGUUGUAGAGGGACACCCAGCGGUCAUCUAGCCCACCCCCAAUUAUUAUUAUUUUUUUGCUGCGUUUUCCAGGGCGACUCUGGCGGCCCCCUGAACUGCAAGGCUGCUGACGGGAGAUGGGAGGUCCAUGGCAUCGCCAGCUUUGUCUCCGCCUUGGGGUGCAACGCCUUGAAGAAACCCACCGUCUUCACCCGCGUCUCCGAUUUCGAGACCUGGAUUCAGGAAGUAAGCGGUUGCGAAGGAGACCCACCCGUGGCUCCAUGCUUGGAAGUGCAUUUCAGCACGGCGGGGUGACAAUCGAAAAUAAUUUGGGAGAGCCCCUUUCCGAAGCUUCCUUUUCCUCCCAACCCCCUGGAUGUGAAAUCAAAACAGCGUCUGCAUGCAAGUACAGUGGA